GAGGGCUGGCACCCGAGCGCCGCCGCCGAGUCGGUGCAAUAAAAAUGCAUCCCGGGGCGCUGCCCAGGGGGAAGGACCGGACCGCGGCGCGGCGGCCUGCGGAGGUGGUGCGCGCGGAGGAGGACGCCCCGGAGGCGGCGGCCGGGAAGUGAAAGGUCUCGCCCGGGCCGGCGGGCGGCGGCGGGCGCAGGAGCCCCAGGGCCGCCGGGCCGGCUAUGCUCCCCGGGCUCCCGCCGCCCCCGAGCUGCCCCGGCCCCGCCAGGCCGGCGCGCGAGCGUCACCCCGCCGCUCAGUGACCGCGGACUGGAGCCCGGCCCUCGGCGCCUCCCGGCCAUGGGGGGCUGCGCGCGGAUCCUGCUGCUCUGGGGCUGCUCGGCGGUGGCCGCAGGGCUGAGUGGAGUAGCUGGAGCGAGUUCCCGCUGUGAAAAAGCCUGCAACCCUCGCAUGGGAAAUUUGGCUCUGGGGCGAAAACUCUGGGCAGACAGCACCUGCGGACAGAACGGCACCGAACUGUACUGCUCCUACAGCGAGAAUGCCGAUCACACUUGCCGGCAGCCCAAGUGCCACAAGUGCAACGCUGCGCACCCUCACCUGGCGCACCUGCCGUCUGCCAUGGCAGACUCGUCCUUCAGGUUCCCCCGCACGUGGUGGCAGUCGGCAGAGGAUGUGCACAGAGAAAAGAUCCAGUUGGACCUGGAAACUGAAUUCUACUUCACUCACCUAAUUAUGGUGUUCAAGUCCCCCAGGCCGGCAGCCAUGGUGCUGGACCGGUCCCAGGACUUUGGAAAGACCUGGAAGCCUUACAAGUACUUUGCGACUAACUGCUCAGCUACUUUUGGCCUGGAAGAUGAUGUUGUCAAGAAGGGCGCCCCCUGCACCUCUAGAUACUCUAGUCCUUUCCCGUGCACUGGAGGCGAGGUUAUUUUCCGAGCUUUGUCACCACCAUACGAUGCGGAAAACCCUUACAGUGCCAAAGUUCAGGAGCAGCUGAAGAUCACCAACCUCCGCGUGCAGCUGCUGAAAAGACAGUCUUGUCCCUGCCAGAGAAAUGACCUGGACGCGAAGCCCCAGCAUUUCACACACUACGCAGUCUACGACUUCAUCGUCAAGGGCAGCUGCUACUGCAAUGGCCAUGCUGACCAGUGUGUGCCUGUUGAUGGCUUCAGGCCCGUCAAGGCCCCAGGAGCAUCCCAUGUGGUCCACGGGAAGUGCAUGUGCAAACACAACACGGCGGGCAGCCACUGCCAGCGCUGCGCCCCGCUGUACAAUGACCGGCCCUGGGAGGCGGCUGACGGCAGGACCGGGACCCCGAAGGAAUGCAGAACCUGCAAGUGCAGCGGGCACGCGGACACCUGUCAUUUCGACAUCAACGUGUGGACAGCGUCAGGGAAUCGCAGUGGCGGGGUCUGCAACAACUGUCAGCACAACACAGAGGGUCAGCACUGCCAGCGCUGCAAGCCAGGCUUCUACCGGGACCUCCGCAGACCCUUCUCCGCCCCAGACGCUUGCAAAGUCUGUUCCUGCCAUCCCGUCGGAUCAGCUGUCCUUCCUUUCAGCUCAGUGAUCUUCUGUGACCCCAGCAAUGGUGACUGCCCUUGCAAGCCUGGCGUGGCAGGGCCACACUGCGACCGGUGUAUGGUGGGGUACUGGGGCUUCGGAGACUACGGCUGCAGGCCUUGCGACUGUGCGGGGAGCUGCGACCCGCUCACGGGAGACUGCAUCAGCAGCCACACGGACCUAGACUGGCAUCAUGAAAUUCCUGACUUCAGUCCCGCACACAACAAGAGCGAGUCCGAGUGGGCCUGGGAGGACGAGCAGGGGUUUUCUGCCCUGCGGCACUCAGGUAAAUGUGAAUGCAAGGAACAAGUAUUAGAAAACUCCAAGGCAUUCUGUGGAAUGAAAUAUACAUACGUGCUAAAGAUAAAGAUUUUAUCAGCUCAUGAUAAAGGUUCUCAUGCUGAGGUCAACGUGAAGAUUAAAAAAGUCUUAAAAUCUACCAAAUUAAAGAUUUUACGUGGAAAGAGGACAUUAUAUCCAGAAUCAUGGACGAACAGAGGCUGCACCUGUCCGAUCCUCAAUCCCGGUUUGGAGUACCUGGUAGCUGGGCACGAGGAUGUAAGAACAGGCAAAUUAAUAGUGAAUAUGAAAAGCUUUGUCCAACACUGGAAGCCAUCUCUUGGAAGAAAAGUCAUGGAUAUUUUAAAAAGAGAGUGCAAAUAGCAGUCGAGGGGUAUCGCACACAAUGACACUUCUCUGUGUACACAACACCAGCUUAAUGAAAAAGAGACCUCAAAAAUACAACUGGAAGUGUUUUGUGUAAGUGCCAAACUGUAAAGAAAUGUUGUACCAAUCUGUUCUGGAACCGUGUUUAAAUUCAGUUUUGCUCCAGAAAGAGAAACGGGAAACCCUACACUGAUAUGUUUUCUAUGGAACUGAUCCUGAAGGUCGUGAUUAUUAGGGAGAUUUUCAUAGCAGCGUGAUCCUUAGCAGCAAUCCAUUGAGGGCAGCACCGCUCACAAGGACUCCUUCCUCCAGCUUUGGCUAUGUUACUUACCUUUGAGGCUACUUAAAGUCAUUAAUGAGAUUUUAAGAGAUCCCCAACCCUACCAUCAGGAAAGGUGUUUCUUGAAAAGAGCCUUCCCUUGGGUGUUGUGUCUGAAAUGGGACCUGUGGGGUGUGAAGUGGGACUCUCCACGCGUGUAUAGUAUUUCCUUGUAUAAAGCACUUUACUACCUAACAGUCGUGUUGUACAGAUUUGGAGACUGCUGCUGACAGGAAGAAAAGAAAGAGGUGUGUGUAAGAAAACCUACUGAGACACAGCACUGCCACUGCCCACGGACAAAAAUGACCAUAUAAAGGAAGCUGUUCUGUUUAACUCUGAACCCUCAGAGGACAAAACCUAAAAGAAGACUAUAUUCCCAUGAAGUCUCAGCUUCGGGCUAGAGGUUAGAUUCCACAGUCCUGGCCCCCAUGAAACUGUUUUAAAAACUAAAAAAAGAGACUUUAAAAUAAGGGAAAGGAACCCGAAGUGUAGAAGAGGUAUGCUCGCAUAAAGGAAAGGAGGACCUGAACUUCUUAAAAAGCUCAUUUAUUUGCAAUGCACUUGUAUACAUUUCAAAAAUUAUUGUAGACACAGAAUGUGUUAUGUUUUUUAUGUUUAGUAUUUAAACCUAAACAUCAAAGCAGUUUUCUCCUUUGUCUUUAUUAACAGUAAUGGUCACUAUAUAUACCCAUUAAUUUUAACACAAUGUAUGUGAUAGUUCACCAAAUUGCAGUUUCUCAUUAUUUCUUAUUUUUUGCACCCAGGCAUAACCACUCUAUAUAGAUUCUUUCAUACUUGAAUAUACAAGACGUGAACCACAGUGCCAUAAGAUUAAAUUCACAUACAGAACGUGUUUUCCCCCCUGAGGUCCUGUGGACUUGCAAAAUAUAUAUAAAUAUAUAUAUAUUGCUUUGUUAAUUUGUUUUUUAUAUUUCAUAUAUGUAAUAAAGGAAUAUGCUCUCCUGA